AUGAUUGGCUGUGCGUGCUUUUCAAAUCGGCCCAACGGCUCCACACGUCAGAGCCUCGAGAGAGAAAAUUGCCCGGAUGUGACCACCCCCUGCCUUAGAGCAGCAGGUGCCCAGGCCGCUGAGGAGGCUGCGGCUUCCCACAUCCCACUUCCGGGAGACUGGCGGCCGUUGGUGAACCGUAAUGAGCUCUGCAUUUUGCGUUCCUUCCGUGAGGGGCCCGCCGGCUUGGCGAGGCCCGGGAUGUUUCCUUUCCCUGCCUUAGGGGCCAAAGCAAAGCCAGAGCCACCUGCCCGGAGGAAGGAGGCACAUCCCUGCUGCCCAGCGCAGGGCCCGAGCGCAGAGCUGGUAGCCGGGCCUAGCCGGCACGGAAGGGAGAAACCCGAGGAAGAACGCUGUAACCUUGCAGAAACUUGCUGCUGCUGCCGCCGGGCUCUCGGCUGCGCGCUCGGGUUUCUCCCCUCCUCUCCUUUGCCCACUCAUCCACCUCCGCCGUCCUCCGCCGCCGCGGAGAUGGGACAGCCGACCCCGAAUAAGCUGCGGCGCUUCUGGGUGGUGUCCACCAUCCUGGUCAGCCUGCUCGCCUACUACGUGUACAUCCCCUUGCCCGCCGACAUCUCUGAUCCCUGGAAGCUGAUGCUCCUGGAUGCCACCUUCAGGAGCGCGCAGCAGCUGAGUCAUCUGAUCCAGUAUGUGGGCCUCACCCAUCAUCUCCUCGCCCUGAAUUUCAUCAUCGUUUCUUUCGGCAGGAAAAGCGCGUGGUCAUCUACAAAUGUUCAGAUUACCGAUACCAAUUUUGACGGUGUCGAAGUUAGAGUUUUUGAAGGUUUCCCAAAGACUAAAGAGCCAUUGAAGAGUGGUGUGCUUUACAUCCAUGGAGGAGGAUGGGCCCUGGCAAGUGCAAGAAUUAGCUAUUAUGAUGAACUCUGUUCAGCAAUGGCAGAAGAACUGAAUGCUGUCAUCGUCUCCAUUGAGUAAGUAUUUAGCCACAGGAUAAAUGGGCGUUUUAGGGCUAGAGGGGAUCUUGGAGUUCAUUCCCUCCAACCCUGCCCCCAACCAGCUUACAGGAGGAAACAAAGGCCCAAAGAGAAGUCAAGGGAUGCCCAAAAGGUUGUUUCUUUCCUUACCAUAGAAAUAUACCAUUCUCUACCAUAUCAGAGCUGGAAGGAACUGUAGAGGUUGUUUAAUCAAACCACCUUAUGUUACAUGUGAGCAAAUUUAAAAUAAAAUUUAAAUGGAAGAAAAAGAAGCUGAAGCCACAUUCCAAAGGAAAUCAAAAGUCACUUGGAAGACUUUGUAUUUUAAUCUAGUCCAGGGAUUCUUAACCUCUUUUGUGUCAUGGGCCCCUUUAAUCAAUCAAUCAAUCAAUCAAUCAGUCAAUCAGCAUUUGUUACCCACCUACUAC